AUGUCUUCGCUCGUCGAUAGCUUCUCCCAAUUUUCUACAGCGACCACCGCUCUGAUUCUGCUAUCGGUCUUGUGCUACUUCCUCGGCUCGAUCACUUACAAUCUGUUUCUACAUCCACUCCGGAGAUACCCAGGCCCGAAGCUAUGGGCUAUGUCUCGGGUUCCCUUCUCCUACAACUACAUGUCUGGUAGCGCACAUAAGAAAAUCCUUGAGUUACAUCAGCAAUAUGGAGACGUCGUUCGAAUUGCCCCCAACGAACUCAUAUUCGGUUACCCCGAAGCGUGGAAUGACAUUAUGGGCCACCGGAAGAGAGACCAGGAAGAAAACGGCAAAGACCCUGAUUUCUGGAGAGAUAAUGACGACCUUACUCUGGUUGGAUCCAACCGCGAAAGGCAUCGCCGUAUACGGAAGAUCCUUUCUCAUGGGUUUUCUGCCCAGGCCAUGAUAGACCAACAACCCCUCUUCCAAGGCUACGUCUCUUUACUGAUGGAUCGACUGAAGACAGCUUCAGCUGGAGGCGAAGCUCAAGAUAUGGUUAGCUGGUAUAACUGGGCUACAUUUGAUAUGAUCGGCGACCUAGUUUUCGGCGAACCGUUCGGCUGUCUGGAAACAUCUUCCUAUCACCCCUGGGUCAAACUCAUUUUUAAGCACAUCAAGGGAAUGGCCAUCGCGAACAGCGUGGUCAAAUUUCCCCUUGCCAGUACUCUCCUGAAAUUGAUGAUCCCCAAGGAUGUAUCAAGAGAUAUUGAGGCUCACUUCAAACUUACAGAGGCCAAGGUGGCCAAGCGUCUUGCUAUUGAGGUUGACAGGCCCGAUUUCAUGCAAUCCAUAAUAUGGGCCCGCGAUAAAUCUCAAAUUUCACACCCGGAGAUUCUCGCCAACGCCCAUAACUUGAUCGUUGGUGGCUCUGAGACCACUGCAACGGUCUUGUCAGGUGCCACCUAUUUGCUAGCUACUAAUAAGCCGGUACAGGCAAAGCUCAUUGAGGAGAUACGGUCGAAAUUCAAUAGCGAGGAUGAGAUCAACCUUCUGAGCGUCCAAAAGUUGAGCUAUAUGCUUGCUGUCUUCCAUGAAGUCCUUCGUUUAUAUCCGGCUGUGCCCUCGGCCAUUCCUCGCAAAGCACCUCCUCAAGGAACUACAAUCCGCGGAGAAUAUGUCCCCCCUGAGCUAAUAACACUUAGUACCCAGACUAUUCUUAGCAUCUGGUCCUGGCCAAUGUUUCACAACCCGAAGUUUUUCAAAGAUCCCGAAUCCUUUAUUCCGGAAAGGUGGCUUGGUGACCCAAGGUUUGACGGUGACCAAAAGAAAGCACUACAGCCAUUUUCCGUUGGCCCUCGUGACUGUAUUGGAAAGAAUCUUGCGUAUGCUGAGAUGCGACUUAUCUUGGCGAGAAUGAUCUGGAAUUUCAGCUUGGAACUUGAUCCUCGUAGUGAGGGAUGGAUGGAGAAGAACAUUCUGUAUUUCCUUUGGGAGAAACCAAUGCUGUUUAUCCGUCUUGUUCCAAGGGCUAUGGAGUAG